GAGACAAGUUUAUGUCUUUCUCCCGGACCACUCCUCUCAACAAUCCAAAAAGGUGGAGAGUCGUUAUUGAGAGAAAUGUGUUGGUUUUGUCGAUGUCUUCCAAUGCACAAGUUACCGAAGAUAUUCUAGAAGUGACUCCUGAGUUUCGACUACUAGAAUCUUCAUUUUUCAGUAAUCUUUAUAACUAUGUAAGGUCUAGUAUUCAAAGUAUGAGAAGUCGUUCGAGUUUUCGAAGCCACACGGACAUGAACCCUUCGACUUCAGUACAAGUAGAAGUUGCACGAACUAGUUUUUCUUCUCUUAGUUCUUAUCAAACAGAAGAAAACUACUCUUCAGAAUUACGGCCACGCCUAAGACGUACUGACAUAUAUGACUGUGUAGAGUUUCAUACUCCAGCCUCCUUAGUCAACGUAAGAUGGGCAUUCCCUCGUAGUCCACGAGAACAACAGUUUUUUGCUGCUCUUCAUCUUUUUCUUGCUGUUUUGACAGGGAUUCUAGUUGGAGUGUUUGCACUGUCUAUUGAGCAAGGUGUUCGAGCUAUCUAUUUGGCCAGUUACAAAGUAACUCAGAAUAUACUCAUCGAAGAGCAUGAUUCUUUCUGGGGAGCACUCAUAUAUUUCGUUGGUUUUAGCUCUUGUAUUGCCCUAACUGCCACUUGCUUGGUUCUGUUUGUAAGUCCAGAAGCAGUUGGUUCGGGAAUUCCACCUUUGAAGGGAUAUAUCAAUGGAAUUCAGUCGCAGAGACUCCUCUCAUUCCGUACUUUUGUGGCAAAGUUAUUUGGCAAUAUGUUUGUGGUUGGUUCUGGAUUGAUAUCAGGCAGUGUCGCUCCUGUUUCUCAUAUUGGCGCUAUAACUGGAGCAGGACUUUCUCAAGGAGUCUUUGCAGGUCUCAAUAUUCGUUUGAAUUGGAAAUGGUUUCGUUUUUAUCGUACGGAAGCUUGGAAAAGGGAUUUUGCUUCUAUUGGUUUGGGAGCGGGAUUUGCAGCUGCUUUGGAAGCUCCUUUAGGUGGCAUGUUCUUUUCUAUAGAAAUGUCGAAUGCACAUUGGCACUAUCGACUCGCUUGGAUAGCUCUAUUAGGAGGAAUCAUUGCAACAUUUACUAUGGGAACUCUAACAAGACUUAGUAAAGGAAAUACUUUGAUAGUUUUGGAAUUUGCUGAAUACGGGAGUUUGGUUUCAGCUGGAAUGCAAAUGUAUACUUUUAUGAUGCACACACUUCCCUUUGUGUUAUUGUUAGGAGUACUCGGUGGAUGCUUAGGUGGUAUUGCUGUGGCAAUAAUGAAACAACUGACGUUAUUUAGAAAAAGAUAUAUUAUAAAAUGGUAUCAUAAGUUGUUGGAAAUGCUUUUGGUGAACAUGAUUAUCAAUAUACUCCGAUUUUUAUUGCCCUAUUGGGGUGGUCAAUGUCAAUCUUCGAAUCAUUUCGUCAUAAUUCCAGAACAGACUGGAGUAAAAUCAUUCAAAUAUCGUGAUUAUUCCAGAUUUUUUUGUACUUCUUCGGAGUUCAAUGACUGGGCAGCACUUAUUUAUAAUCCUCUAGAAACGGUGUUGGACUAUUUGUUUCAUUCAUCGGAUGUUACAUUGUUGCCAAUCGGAGGACUUUUUGUUGGACUGAUUUAUUAUUAUGUUUUUCUAUUGUUUUCUGCUGGUCUAUAUGCUCCUGUAGGUGUCUUCAUUCCUUCAUUUACUAUAGGAGGGUUUAUUGGCAGAUUAGUUGGCAAACUUGCUAGUUUGGGUUAUCCAGGGAGCCCUGGUUUGGAUUCCUCCGUUCUUCAAGCUAGUUUUGCUGUCAUUGGCAGUGCAGCUUUUGGAAGUGGGUUUUUGAGAGUACCGAUGACCAUUAGUUUGGGACUAUUGGAUGCGACACAAGAUAUUCGAGCAGCAUUUUGUUCCUUAACAGCAUCCGUUAUUGCAAGAAAUAUUGGAGAAAUUUUUAGCGAAGGUUUCUUUGAUUCCCAAGUGAAUCUAUCAGGAAUGCCUUUUUUAGAUGCCACUAUAACUGACCCUCAUUUGUUUCAUUCUGUUCGUGCGAGAGACGUGAUGCAAAGACAAAUGGCCACGAUACAUUUGAAACCUAGAGUUGGUGAUGUGGUAUUGUUGUUACAAACAGUAGAACAUGGAGCAUUUCCGGUAGUUGCUCCAACUGAAGUGGCAACGACUCCUUAUAUUGCGGAGUAUGCUCGUAGUUCCAAAUCUUCCGAUCGUCCUUCUCGUACAAUGCCACAGAAUGACGAAGAUAUCUCCCCCCAUUCAGAAAGCAAUGAUUGGAGACAAGUAGAACAAGUUAAUCAACCAGCUCGAGGUGUGGUUGGUACUAUUAGUCGUCAUAUUUUAUUGCAACUGUUGAGACUAAGGCAUUAUUCUAUUCUGAAUGAUUCCGCAACUACACCACAUACAUCAUCUGUACUGCCCUGGUUAUCCAUAUCUCAGUUGGAUGAAGCGUGGCCGAAUAUUACAGAUAAGGAAGCGGAAAGAGUUGUAUUGGAACAUUAUUUGGGUGGGAUGCCAACUUCAGUUGUGAAUGCAACUUUGGAUUUGGAACCUUAUAUGAAUCCCAAUCCCUUUAUUGUUUCUGAAUGGUCCACAGCUGCUGAUUUGAGAGCAGGUUUUCGUCAAAUGGGUGCUCGUCAUAUUUUAGUUGCUAGAAGUGGAACAGGAGUUAUCGAUGGUAUUUGUACGCGAAAGGAUAUUAUGCCAUCUGUUUUGAGACAAAUUGCUGAACAGAAACGUAGAAGUAAUCAUUGAUGGAAUUUCCUAUGAAGAAGAUUAGAUGAGAAAAACAGUGAAUACCAUUUCAUAAUGACACACACACACACACACAUAUAUAUAU